AUGGCGGCUGUCAGUAGCGGUCGUGCGGAUCGUCUCGGUAACGCGAAUCAAAACAAAUCUUCCCUCACGUCCCCGGAGAAAAUCCGUGAGCUUCUCAGUGAGGGGUUACAAAAUGAUUCCAUUGUGUUUUGUAAUUGUAGUGGACAAGGAGAUUCAAAAGACCAAGAAGUCAUUAGCACCACUCCAUCACCUUGUGAAGCAACUAACAAAGAGGCCUUUUUCAUUAGAGUACAAUCAUACUCCUGCUUGAAAUGGGCCGGGAAGCCCCAUGCGCUCUCACCCCUCAUGUGUGCCCGAUAUGGCUGGAUCAACAUCGCCCACGACACGCUCAAGUGUUCCAGCUGCCAAGCCUUCCUCUGCGCGUCACUACAACUCACGUUAGAUUUUGAUAAAUAUGAAUCCCGGGUAGCCGAGCUGUCCAGGCAACUUCAGACAAAACAUGAGAAGUUUUGCCCCUGGCCUGAUUUUCCUUGUCCAGAGCGGUUGUGGAUUGUGACAGCCGAGGAGCCUUCAGAACUUCUGACCGCUUUCAUCGAACGUUAUCAGAGCGCAUGUAGGCUCGGACAACAGCUUCCGUCGAUGAAACCCGAGCUGCUGAAAUCAAUGUCUUUGACUGAGGACGUUCUAAGUGCUAUCCUGCAGCUAGUGGAGGAGGAACAAAAAAAAAAGGGAACCACGUGCUCAGAACCUUUUGCAGUCCAGGUGGCUGCAUGCAUUGUUUCUCUCUGUGGCUGGGCUUCAAACCCGGGCGUGUAUAAUGCAACUCUGCCCAUUCUCUACUGCUCCUACUGUAUGCGCAAAGUGGGCAUGUGGAAUUUCCACCAAAUGGAGAGCGCGGGAGUUGACGCAGAUGUCGGGAUGGACCCUCCGAGCACCUCCGUGGUUCCCGCAGAAGGGGGCCAGGGGGAACAGUCAACUCCUCCUUCACCCACACCUCCUUCCACUCCGAGUCGCAUGAAGCUAAGAAGCCAGGACUCCUGCCGCUCUGACCAGGGUGAGGGCAUUCCCGUAGCUUUGCGAGCCCGAAGCCGAGACUCUCCGAGUCCUGUGGAAGAGUCGCCGAGUCCCUCGGUGAGGGGCAAGAGACCUGCCACUCGAAGCCGAGGGCAAGGUGAAAGCCUGUCCCUCCCUUCCAAACGCUUAUGCCUCUCAUUAGCUGACGAGGUCGUGCAGAAGAGUGCGUUCGAGCCGCUGGCUCAGCACAGAGACUGGUGUCCCUGGGUGGCUGUUGGAAAGGAGAAUGUGGAUCCACGGGCCACACCUCUUUCAGACGCUGUGCCAGCGCCUCAUCAGCAAGGCUGGAAGGCCGUCCUUGACCUCCUCAUGCCCGCAAAAAACACUAACACUGUGGGCAGCAGUACAGCACAGGACCCACCUGAUCGAUCCAAAAGGGUGUUUGCUAUAUUUCGUCAGUGGCAGAUAGCCACUCCAUCUCAGUAG